AUGAACCAUAUCCAUUUCUAUGGUCUACCAAAGAACUACGAGGAUUUCAAAGAACUCCACAAUCCACUCGCCGAGACCAUACAGGAAGAAGAUUCGAGUUCCGAUGUAUCGAGCAACUUCUCGGAUCUUUGUGAUGUGGCUAAUUUGGAGGAUCUCGAAGACAUGCUUUACACAAGAUAUGUGACAAUUCAAGCACCCGCAGGGUUCAAAGGGCGUCUUCACCAACCGGAGCCAGUAGAGCCAAAACAACUUCCAUUACCAAUAGAAAAUAUUCCUUCGACGUCUUCAAAUCCCUCCCCACAAGUCGCAAUCUGCACUGUUGAGACAGGAAAACAGAUUUUGGAUAAUGUGUUAUCAAGAUCGAAUAUGAUAAUGAUGCAGCAGAUUCUGAUGAAAAAGAAGGAUGUUGAUGAGAAGAUGAGGAAAUUGGAGAAAAGAAAGGAGGAAGAGGAGAAAGAGCAAAAGAAUCCGAGUGUUGGAGAGCCGAUUGCUAAGAGAUUAAGACUGGUCAAAGUCAAAAAUUCAACGAAUUUUUUAAAAAUGUGA